AUGGAUGUUAUAUUGAAUGAAUUAAUCCAGUCAGAUCAGAAACUGACGAGUGAACAAAGGAAAUAUUGUAUUGAAGUUCUUGAAGAAACUCUUCAAUCGGAUUCAAAGUCAUAUGAAAACUAUUUUUCCUCUAACCCACUCCCUGGUUCCAUUGUAGAGGAUAUUGCUGAAGUUGAUGCACAAAUUUCUAUUAUAGAUAGAGAAAUCAAGAAAUUAUUGGUAUCAAACAAGACAAAAGUAAUUGAUGAUGUAUUGGGUAACAAUACAAUGGAUAUAAUAUCUUCUAUACACUCAGAAUUGGCACAAUUGAGGGAUGUUAGUAACAGCAAUGACUCCCAAUCGCAAUUGAAAAAGGCUGGAAGUACACAAGAUAAUGAUGAGUUGUUUAUAGAAGGCUUCUUAGAACAAAAAGAUAAGGAAAAAGCCAAUAGUGCCAAUGAAGAGGAUGAAUUUAACCAAGCUGUCCAGAGAUUGAGAAAAAGAAUGAACUUGAACAAUGAAAGUUCAAGCCACUCUGGUAAUUUGGCAACUGUUCUAGAGAAUUUGAAUAAUAUUACAGAAUUAAUGGAGGUACCAUUUCUUGCACGUACUUGUAUUAAAACUGGUCAUUACCAAGAAGCAAUUAUGCUAUAUACCUACUCUAAAUCUUUAUUGAUCAAAUUUCCAGGUUCCAGCAUUGUAGAGGAUAUUUGUGCAAAAGUCUUAAAUGAGAUUAAUACAACUAUGUUAACUGGUCUAGUCAAACUGUUAUCUACCAAUAUCACGACCAACUCUUUGAAGAAGAUUUUAAAAUAUUUGGCUGCUAUACCUCCAUUCGAUGAUAAAGAGAACUCAAUAUCUUUGCUUCAAGUUUUUUUGUCGAUGAGAUUCAAGUUCAUUCAAAGAGAAAUAUCAUCUUACUUGCUUGACAUUGAUCCUCCAGAUGAGUCUCUAUUAGAAAUGAUGAUUAAGAGGAAAAUUGAAGUGUUGAGAGAAUAUACGUAUAAUUCUGUGAGUGUAUUUUCUACAACAUUCCAAAUCGGUUAUGAGCCUCUUGCUAUUCCUUUGGUAACCAAGGAAGAACCAGUUAUGACUGAAGUAGAGAAAGAGGAAGAAUCUGGGGCAAAGGAGGAAUCUGAGGUAAAGGAAGAAUCUGAGGUAAAGGAAGAAUCUGAGGUAAAGGAAGAGCCUAAAAGAAAGGAGGAAUUUGAGGUAAAGGAGGAAGCUAAAAUAAAGGAGGAAGUUAAAACAAAGGAGGAAGUUAAAACAAAGGAGGAAGCUAAUUUAGAUGAAGCCAAAACAGGUGAAGGAGUUAAACCUGAAGAUAAAGCUGAACUUGAAGACAAGACUAAAUCAGAUGAAGGUAAGGCUAAACCUGAGGAAGAAGUUAAACCCGAAACCAAAAUAGAAAAGGAGAAAACUAAUCCACAGAAUAAGACUACUACACCUGAGCCAACCGCUAAGGUAAUAGAAGAAGAAGAUAAGAAUACUAGCAUCACUGAAAAACCAAAACAAGAAGAAUUAAAAAAUAUAAUCAAUACCAAAAUAGAUCCUGUCGAAACAAACCCAUUACUACUUCAAUUUGUCAACCAAUGUAUCUGCUAUCUCCUAAAUGAAUUAACCGAGGCCAAUUUAAAGGAUAAAUUAAGUGACUCAGUAUGCUUACAAUUUGUAUACUGUUCAUUCCGUUUACGUGAUCUAAACCAAAACUAUCACCAUCUGUUCCUGAACAAACUGUUCGAAACAGAAAUUUUCACAGAGGAACAAAUCAUUAACGCAAUCAAGAAAAGAUCAGAUCUAGCUUCCAGAUAUGCCUAA